GGGGCCGGCUAGGGUGCCCCCGACGCGGGCUCUCGGACUUGGCUGCGCGGGGCUCGGGGAGGAGCUGAAGGGGCCAGCCUGGCGUGUUUGAUGGCUUCACUGAGAAGGGUCAAAGUGCUGCUGGUGUUAAAUCUGAUCGCCGUGGCCGGCUUCGUGCUCUUCUUGGCCAAGUGUCGGCCCAUCUCCGUGAAGAGCGCGGACGCCUUCCGGGACAUCCAUACCCGGGCGGAGACGGCCAACUUGACCCAGCACGGCCCCAACCCAGUCCAGGAUGGGGUGCUGAAGAGGCUCUCGCUGCUGGAGGACAUCGUCUACAGGCAGCUAAAUGGCUUAUCCAAAUCCCUUGGGCUUAUUGAAGGCUAUGGUGGGCGAGGCAAAGGGGGGCUCCCCUCCACCCUUUCCCCAGCUGAAGAAGAAAAGGCCAAGGGCCCCCACGAGAAGUAUGGCUACAAUUCCUACCUUAGUGAAAAAAUCUCCCUGGAUCGAUCCAUACCAGAUUACCGCCCAACCAAGUGUAAGGAGCUGAAAUACUCCAAGGAUCUGCCCCAGAUUUCCAUCAUAUUUAUCUUUGUGAAUGAGGCCCUGUCAGUGAUCCUGCGGUCCGUCCACAGCGCCGUUAACCACACACCAGCCCAUCUGCUGAAAGAGAUUAUCCUGGUGGAUGACAAUAGUGAUGAAGAGGAGCUGAAGGCACCUUUGGAGGAGUAUGUCCAUAAACGGUAUCCGGGGCUGGUGAAGGUGGUACGGAACCAGAAGAGGGAAGGCCUGAUCCGGGCACGGAUCGAAGGCUGGAAGGCAGCCACAGGGCAGAUCACUGGUUUCUUCGAUGCCCACGUGGAGUUUACGGCUGGCUGGGCCGAGCCUGUCCUGUCCAGAAUCCAGGAAAACCGGAAGAGGGUGAUCCUCCCUUCCAUCGACAACAUCAAACAAGACAACUUUGAGGUACAGCGGUACGAGAACUCAGCCCAUGGCUACAGCUGGGAGCUCUGGUGCAUGUACAUCAGCCCCCCCAAGGACUGGUGGGAUGCCGGGGACCCUUCCCUUCCCAUCAGGACUCCAGCAAUGAUCGGGUGUUCCUUUGUGGUCAACAGGAAGUUCUUUGGGGAAAUAGGCCUCCUGGACCCAGGGAUGGAUGUGUAUGGAGGAGAGAACAUAGAGCUUGGAAUCAAGGUGUGGCUCUGUGGAGGCAGCAUGGAGGUCCUGCCUUGUUCCCGAGUGGCCCACAUUGAGAGGAAGAAGAAGCCCUACAACAACAACAUCGGCUUUUACACCAAGAGGAACGCUCUGCGAGUGGCCGAGGUCUGGAUGGAUGACUACAAGUCCCACGUGUACAUUGCCUGGAACCUGCCUCUGGAGAACCCAGGAAUAGAUAUUGGUGAUGUCUCAGAAAGGAAAGCUUUAAGGAAAAGGUUGAAGUGUAAGAAUUUCCAGUGGUACCUGGACCAUGUUUAUCCUGAGAUGAGGAGAUACAAUAACACCAUUGCCUAUGGGGAACUUCGCAACAACAAGGCUAAAGAUGUCUGUUUGGACCAGGGGCCCCAAGAGAACCACACUGCAAUCCUCUACCCCUGCCAUGGCUGGGGGCCUCAGCUCACUCGCUAUACUAGGGAAGGCUUCCUGCACUUGGGUGCUCUCGGGACCACCACCCUCCUGCCAGACACCCGCUGCCUUGUGGACAACUUCAAGAGCCGCUUCCCCCAGCUCCUGGACUGUGACAAGGUCAAGAGCAGCCUGCACAAACGCUGGAAUUUCAUACAGAAUGGAGCAAUCAUGAAUAAGGGGACAGGCCGCUGCCUUGAAGUCGAGAGCCGGCCCAGCAUCGACCUUAUUCUCCGCAGCUGCACAGGGCAAAGGUGGACAAUUAAAAACUUCAUCAAAUAGAGAAGGGGAAGCUGGGGAGCCCUGCCCUCCGGAACCUGCCUUGGCUCCCCCAUGCUCUCUUUGAGAGCAUGUAUCUCUUCCAGAGUGGGAGAGAAAUCAAGGGCCAUGCAGGGGCUUUGUUGGCAUUCUGGGGUCUUCUGUGGGGCCACUUCAUCUCUCAUGGGUAGGGAAGCUGGGGGGAGGGGAAUCCAGUCCCUGCCUCAUUCUGCCUCCUUCUUGGAGUCUCAUCAAACAAUGAAGCUUCUUUUGGAGGGAGCCCACCUGCACCAGACAAUCCCUGGAUGGGCUUGCUCAGAAUCACUCACUGGGGCAUCUCACCCUUGAUCUAGGAAAGCAUCCUUACUCUCAGCUCUCAGAAAACUGCUGCUGUGUUAUCGGCCAGGGAUGCUGAUAAUUCAAAGGAAAGAAACUGCCCCAUCAGCCCCUUAUUUCUCCUUCUCUUUUCUCCCUUCUACCAGCAUGCACACACACACACACACACACACACACACACAAACACACACACAAACACACACACACAAUCCAAAGAGACAAAGAACAUUUUUUCCUUUGGACCAAUUGCUUAUAUCACUUCUCUUUUAAGUAUUUUGCUGUAGGAGCUAAAUUCCACCUUUAUUGUGAACGUGGUAGGCAGCUUUGGUCUCUGCUCCUCAGCCUCUCUGGAAGAAAGAUGCUAAGCCACUCUCUAAUCUGUUAUGCCUCAUCUCUACCCUAGGGAAGAAACCAGGGCCUUCAGCUGGCCUUGGUCCUGAAAUACAUCCUUGUCCCCAAAUGCUCCUUCUCUAUAAAGCCCUUCCAAAUGGUAUCUAUCUCUGCUACUUGGCCCAGCUUCUGAUGGAUGUUUCCAGAGCCCACCCAGACACGCGGCCAUUCAGUAUGACCUAGCCCCAAACACAUGGCCAGAAGGAAGCCAGGGAUUCUGGGAGCUUACAGAGUAAAAGCUCACCACAUGGGUUCUGCCAAGCUGGGCCUCCCCUUGUUUGUUGUGGCUUUUUAGCCCCUCCUUCUUGGAAGUAAAAAAGCCAGCUGGUGACAGAUGAAAAAAGAUAUUUCUUGUGUUAACUUGGGUGGGAGAAGGAGAAAUCAGCUUUGAAAAGCCCACAUCAUUGGGUCUCAGUUACUCAGAGGCAAUCAAACUGUAAUGCUCCACAUGUUUGCUGAGCAGUAACUCUGGCUGAGUGUUUCUAUAUGUUCUGGAGGAAGAGGAGGAGAGGGCAGCUCUAUAUCCCCACUGUGAGAGAGGAGUCCUGGCUCAUCAUAACCUGCUCUGCUAUCUGGAACCUGACCCACCGAGAGAAAACUGGAGACCUCAGUUUCCCAUGUGCCCUCAGGGACCUCAGGAUCUGGUGCUCAGACUUUAUCCCAGAACCCUGGGGCUAGGGCCUAUACAGCAGCCCCAUAAGAGACCAUGGGACUACAGGCUGUGCAUACUAAAGCUAUUUUAUGCCUGUGUCUAUACUUCCAUCCCAAACUCUGCUGAGGAUGGAGAAGGCAGUGAUUUCCUGUCUUAGGAGUAAUAAUUUUUCUGAUGCCCUCUGGUUAGGGUACACUUAUAAAUUAAAGUUAAUAUAUAUAUAUGUGUGUGUGUGUGUGUGUGUGUGUGUGUGUGUGUGUGUGUGUGUGUGUGU